AGGAUGGCCGUGAAUGACAAAGAAAACGAAGAUAUUGUGAAAUUGUGGAUAAGAGAAUGUUUGACAGAUAAUCAUAUGUCUGAAUAUGAAGUGAGUUUUGCAAAAAUAUCCGAAAAAGGACAAGGAUAUCUGAGUGACAUAUUUUUUGUGAAAGCUACAGGACUCAAUGAGCGACGUGAGAAGCAAGAAUUCGAUUUUGUUGUUAAAAUCAGUAAGAAAAAUGAAACACUACGAAAAAGUUUUCCUCUGAGAGAGUCAUUCCAUAGAGAAAUAUAUAUCUAUAACGAAGUUAUUCCUACAUUCAAACUUUUUAUGAAUGGAAAAGAGGCCAAAUUCAAAUUGGAUUUCAUGCCGGAAUGUUAUAAAACCAUAUUUGAAGAUGAAACCGAAGGCAUCAUCCUUGAAAAUUUGAAGAUUAGAGGUUUUCAAUUACAUUGCAAUACGAAACCGUUGAACUUGGAACACAUCAAACUAGUAUUGCUAAACAUGGCACACUUCCAUGCAGUUUCAUUCGCAUUCAGAGAUCAAAAUGAAUAUGAAUUUAAUAAAUUAAUUAUGGAUUUCAACUCGCUCUUGAGCAUAACGGUGGAAGAGCAAAGUAUGCAGACUUUAUUCAGAACUGAAAUGUUUACCGCCAUAGAGUUUCUGAAAGAAAUCGAUGAGAGUGAAUUAGCUAAACAGUUGCAGGAAAGAAUACAGGAUGAUCCGAAUGCUAUUUUGAAAUCAAUCUACAAUAAGGAUAUAAAACAGUCUGUAAUUCUCCAUGGAGAUACAUGGAUCAACAACUAUAUGUUCAGAUAUGAGGAUGGUGAUUUGACGACUCCAGCUGCAGUAGCGUUUUUGGACUGGCAAAUAUCCUCCUUACACUCUCCAGCUCUCGAUGUAUCUCAAUUUCUAUACGCAGUAAGCUCCGAGGAAGCCCUAGUAACACACUUUGAAGAUUUGAUGGUAUUCUACCACUCAAAACUUUCCUCAUGCCUGAGGGAACUAGGAAGCGACCCAGAAAAUAUAUUUCCGUAUUCGUUGCUGAUUGAACACUGGAAGAAGUAUUCAGUGGCUUCGUUGAUUUUUGUUCUGGGGUUUCUGAAAACAAUAGUUUCGGAGGGCGAUGAAGUACCUGCUACAGAGGAUAUUACUUGUGGGCUUGGAGAUGUGUUUUCGAAUGUGAAGAUAACGAAUAUGAAUGCUUAUAAAUCCAGACUUGUUGCAAUAGUGAAGAACUUUUGCAGUUUAUGA